AUGCAUGAUUGUUAUAUAUUUUUAUUUCUUAUCUUCGUUAUUCGAAGUAUAAGAUCUAGUCAAAUCGAAAUAGAAAUUCCUUCAAUUUCAAAAUCACAUCUAUUUGAAAUCUCAUCAAAUGUUUCUCAAUUACUUAAUCGUGAUGUUCUUUUCGGACUUGUUGAUGGCACAUCAUCGUCGAUAUCAUCAUCAAUUAUUGUUCGAGCUUCUUAUCAACAACUUCAUGUAGAACGCUUUUUCAAUCUUUAUCAAUCAAACAAUAAAAAUUCUCGACAAAAAGUACAAAAAGAACCUAUAUUUCGUAGUUAUUUAUUAACAUCAUCAUUCAAUCGAUCUUAUCCAUUUAUACGAGUACUCGUUGGUUCAGUGCAAGGACCCUAUGCAAAUAUGAAUAUACAGCCAUUGUGUGCUAUUGUAACAGCAGUUAAUGAACAGAGUCUCUAUGAAACACAAGCUUGUUUUAUAUCACCUCAUACAGGCUAUUGUUUAGUAACAAUAUCAGUUUUAAAAAUGGUUGAAUAUGUAAAUAAAAAUCAUACAAAAAAUAAAAUUGAACUUUAUCUUAAACUUCAUCAUGUUGUAUCAAUAGAUGAAUGUAUCUCUGAUCAUACACCAAAACAAGAUCAUAUUCAUCAUGAGACACGUAUUGGUCAUGCUGAAUAUAUUGAUAAUGAUAAUAUAUAUUUUUCUACUAUAACUCGUUCAUCAAUAUCAAUCGAUUAUCCAAUCGGUAUUCAUUAUCUUGAUUGGUAUUUUCCAUUAAAACUAAAAUUAAUUAUUUCAUCUUCAUUAUUACCAUCAUUUGUACUACGUUGCCGUUUAUUGUCACAUUUUUCUAUUCAUUUAAUUCAAACAAAUAUUCUUAAAAUUUCAAAUUAUAAUAUACAAAUAAAUCAUAAUGUUUAUCAUCGAGCAUCUACUUCUGAUAUUGAUUUUAAUAUAAAAAUAAAUCAAAUUAAUAAAACCAGUCAAAUUAAUACAUUUGAAAUUGAUUUAGCUACUAUUACGUUAAAAAUAAAUUCAACCAAUAUUAAAAAAAUAAAUCAAGAAAACUUUAAUUCUGUUUCAUUUAUCGAUUGGUUUUUAUUAUCAACUGCUUCAUUUAAUAAUACUGAAUCAAUUUUAAGAGUUCCAAUCCAAAUAAAAUAUGAUGAUAUACAAACAAUUGUUGGACUAACAGAUUUUACAAGUUUAAUUAAUACAGCCAUGUUAUCAAUGCAAAUUCAACAAUUUCCAUUGACAAUUCUUGCAGUUAAUCAUUCAGGGUCUAUUCAAUCUAUAUCACAAGCAGUAUGUCAUUCAGAAAAUAUUCAUUUAAUUCAAGUUGAUUCGAAUUGUAAUCAUAUAUAUUUUUCUGGUCAAGAACGUGAUGAUUUCUUUGAUCAGGUUAAGAAUCCAACUUCAAUUGUUAUUCGUUAUGAAAAACAUCUUCAACAUUUACAUUUUACUGUUUAUAUUCCUGAAAGACCAUUACGUAUUGAAUUAAGUGAUGCGAAAUUAUCUCGUAUAAAUGGAUGGUUUAUUAGAAAACGAAUCAAUGCUAAUGGUGAACAAAAAAGACGAUCGUUUACUGAUGAUUUUGAUAAUGACGAUGACGGUGGUGGUGGUGGUGACGACAACGACGAUGGCGAUGAUGAUGAUGAUUUCAAAUGUACGUCUGUUUAUCAACAAUCAACUAUUUAUGUUUAUACAAAAUUUUAUCGAACUACGCAAAAUGGUGACCGUAUUUAUUUAUUCAAUAAACUCAAUGUUCUAAUAACACCACUUGUUCGUGCACAUCUAGAAAUUGAUAAUAAAAGUGUAGCUAUUAUUAAAAAUGAUCACAUUAUUGGUAUUGGACCAGGAAAAACAAAUAUUCGAAUUUAUUCAUUUACAAAUAAACUUCCGAUGGGUUCAAAAGGAGUCUAUGUUGAUGAUAAAGACUUCGUUGACAUAGAAAAAAUAUCGUUUAAUCUUGUAACAGAUAUUGGUAUUGAAACAAAUUUAAUUGAACAUACAGAUCCAAUUUAUAAAGUUCAUUUUCAAAUAAAACCUAUUUUUAAUCGAUUUCAUAUCGAUAAUAGAGAUCAAUUUGGCCAAAUUAAUAUUAUUCUAACAUAUUCUGAUAAUACUUCAGUAUCAUUAGAUGAUAUACCGUCGGAUUAUUAUGAUUUAGAAAUUGAUAUGAGUCGUAAAAAUCCUUUAUUGAUAACUAUUGAUUCAUCAAAACCAUGGAAAAAUCGACUUAUUCGUCCACUAGCACUUGGCCAUACAACGAUUUAUAGUCGCCUCAAAUUAGGUCAACAACGGUGUACAGAUGAUAGAAGUUUUCCUCAAAAUGAACUAUCUUGUGAAAUAGUUAUUUUAUCAAAUAAUACUCACCAAUUGAAUGGCAAUAUUAAUAAUAAUAAUAAUUUACAUUCAUUAUCACAUGAGCAAUCGGAUCAUUACGUUGUAUUAAAUAAUAAUAAUAAUAAUAAUAUUGAUCAUCGUACAAAAACAUCACCAUUUCUUAUAGCAUUAUCAAUAUUACUAGGAACAUGUAUCGUGUUAUUUCUUUCUUUUAUUACACAUUGGCUGAUUAAUUUUUAUUAUCGACAAAACCCAAACCAUCAUCUAAGAAGAUCAAGACAUUCAACACAUAGUGGCGCUGAAGAAGUUAAUCAUGAUUGGAUAUUUCUCGAUAGAAGUUCAUUAGAAAUGCCUAUGAAACAACAACAACAACAACAACAACAACAAGAACAACAAGAGCAACAAAAUCCACCAUCAAUACAUAGUUCAACACUUCAUAUAACAUCCAAUCCAAUAAUUAAUACGCCAACUUUACAACAACAAAAAGAUUUAACUGAACUUACACAUUCACAAAUGGUCGCUUAUUUUGAGAGUCUAAAGGAAUCUCAUGCAUAA